AUGGAUAGAUUUUUUAAACGAAAAUCUUCGUCGGUUGUAGAAGAUGUUGAUAGGGAAAAAUCAAAUAGUGUUACUUUUGAUAUUACACAACUUCCCACCGAUCCUGGACUAAGGAUUCCAAUUUUGGAUUACGAUGUUAAUAUUAGAGAUCAAGUCCGAAGAGCUUAUAUGCAAAAAGGUCCGUGUCAGCCUUUAGAUCAUGACUUUCCAUAUAGACCAUUUGGACAGACACAAACUAGACGAUUCAAUCCUGCUUGGUUUAAAGAGUUUGGUAGUUGGUUGGAGUAUAGUGUAUCAAAAGAUGCUGCUUUUUGCUUGUAUUGUUAUCUAUUCAAAACAAGUGUGGGUAAACAAGGAGGAGGCGAUGCUUUUGUUAGUGAAGGAUUCUCGUAUUGGAAAAGUAAAGACAGGCUUAAUAUUCAUGUUGGGGAUCAUGAUAGUGCACACAAUAAAGCUCGUAUCAAGUGUGAGGCUUUGAUGAAUCAAGAGCAACACAUUCAGUCAGCUUUCUUCAAGCAGUCAAAACAAGUACGAAGUGACUAUCGUAUUCGUCUUACUGCAUCAAUUGAUUGUAUUAGACUUUUGUUGCGACAGGGGCUUUCGUUUCGGGGUCAUGAUGAAUCUGAGAAUUCAGAGAAUCCAGGUAACUUUUUAGUCCUAUUGCAGUUUCUAGGUGAUCAUAAUGAUGAGAUUAAGGCAGUUACAAUGAACAAGGCUCCUUUAAAUUGCAAAUUAACAUCUCCCGAUGUUCAGAAGGAUAUUGUAAGUGCUUGUGCUGCUGAAACGAUCAAUGCUAUUAUCAAAGACAUUGGGGAUUCAUUUUUCUCUAUUCUAGUUGAUGAAUCUCGUGAUGUGUCAACAAAUGAGCAAAUGUCAAUUGUUUUACGUUAUGUGAACAAUAGUGGACAAAUAAAUGAACGUUUUAUUGGUCUUGAGCAUGUUUCUAGUACUACAGCUCUCUCACUUAAGGCUGCAAUAGACAAGACAUUUUCUAAAUAUAACUUAAGCUUGUCUAGAUUGAGAGGACAAGGUUAUGAUGGGGCAAGUAAUAUGCAGGGUGAGUUCAAUGGUCUCAAAUCACUUAUUUUAAAAGAGAAUCCUUGCGCCUUUUACAUUCAUUGUUUUGCUCACCAGCUUCAGCUAGCUCUUGUAGCCGUGGCAAAGAAGAAUACUCCAAUUUCUAACUUUUUUCGUUUGGUUGCUGAUGUGGUCAAUAUUGUUGGAGCAUCGUCUAAACGUUGUGAUCAUCUUCGAGAGAAACAAGCAAAUAUUGUUGCAAAAGCAUUGGAGAAUGGUGAGAUUUUAAGUGGAAGGGGACUUAAUCAAGAAACUACCCUUCAGCGUUCUGGUGAUACGCGUUGGGGUUCACAUUAUAAUUCUUUGAUUAGCUUGCUUGCCAUGUUCUCAGCUGUUAUUGAUGUGCUUGAAAUGAUUAGUGUUGAUGGAUCAAAUUCUGAUCAAAAAGGUGAAGCAUAUAAUUUGUUGGAGUCAAUAUUAUCAUUUGAUUUUGCAUUUAAUCUACAUUUAAUGAGAACUAUUUUGGCGAUGACAAAUGAAUUAUCAAAGGCAUUACAGAGAAAAGAUCAAGAUAUUGUAAAUGCAAUGGAAUUGGUGAAACUAUGCAAACAACGACUCCAGUCUUUUAGAAAUGAUGGGUGGGAUUCGUUUGUGCAACAAGUCUAUUCUUUUUGUCAGGUGCACUACAUUGAUGUUCCAAACAUGGAUGAUAUGUUUAUACGUCGUACAGCUCGUGGUCGCCCACAACGUCAAGCUCCAGAAAUAACAUAUUUGCAUCAUUUCCGUGUAGAUUUAUUCUGUGCUGUCAUUGAUAUGCAACUUCAAGAGUUGAAUGAUCGUUUCUCGGAGGCAAAUACCGAGCUGCUUCUUUGUGUAGCAUGUCUAUGUCCAAAAGAUUCAUUCUCUGCUUUUGACAAGAAAAGAUUGAUUCAACUUGCUGAGUUUUAUCCAGAAGAUUUUUCAUCAGUAAAUCUCCUAACACUUGAUGAUCAACUAGAAACUUUUAUUUUUAAUAUGCGCUCUAACAAAGAGUUUGAAGGAUUGAAAGGCCUUGGUGAUCUUGCAGAGAAGUUGGUUAUGACGAAAAAAAACAUAAUAUAUCCGUUGGUGUACAAACUUCUGACUUUGGUACUAGUUCUUCCAAUUGCUACUGCUACUGUCGAGAGAGUAUUUUCUGCAAUGAACAUUGUGAAGGAUAGAUUGCGCAAUCGAAUGGGAGAUCAGUGGAUGAAUGAUAGCCUAGUUGUUUAUGUUGAGAAAGAGAUAUUUUCGAACAUUGAUAAUGAAGUUAUUAUACAACGUUAUCAAAAUAUGAAAAAUCGCAAAGAACUAUUGUAA